AUGAACAUUGUGGGUUCAAGUCCCACCAGGAUCAUGUGCUCUGAAUACGUGUUGACGCUAGGUCAGUUUAGAUACAUGUAUGUUAUGUUAUUAUGAACUUGUUAUGUCAAUCAAUGAGAGGGAAACCAAUGGAGAGGAAAUGGCCUGACGGUUAUUGGAAUAAAGUGCACCAUGGCUCUGUUGCAAUUCCUCACAAAGCCUCUGGCUAAGAAGCUGGAAGUCAGAGAAUAACAUUGUCCUCUCAGGGUUUCCACUAAGCAAGACAUAGUAUGUUCACAUGUGCAUGCAUGCUUUGGAGUGUGUGUGUGUAAGUCAAUGAUGCUCUGCUGCAGCUGCCUGGCACGUUGCCAGUGCUGGACAGGUCUGUUGACUGUGUUUGUGUGUACGAGUGUGUGAGAACUGAGAGUGUAUGGCAGAGAGUGAUUGCACUGUAAGGUGUGCCCAAACAAGGCGGGGUAGACAAAGUGAAGUGACAUUCUGCUAUCUCAAUUUCUUUCUGUCUCACUUUAUCACUCCCUCUGUGUCUCUCCUUGUUUAUUUCUCUGUCUUCGUUUCACUGUCUUGUCAUGCGCCUCUGUCUGUUUCUCUCUCCGUCUGCAUCUCUCCCUCCCUCUCUCCGUCUCCUGCCUGUCUCUCAUUUCUCUCUCUCUACCUCCCUCCCUCUUUCUCCCCUGCUUGUCUCUCUCACUCUCUUUCCUCUCCUUAGUCUGUGUUGUUGCUCGGUCUGGAGAGCUUUUGUCCUCCCUGUUUGUUGCCACGUGAGUGGGCUUAUGUGAGAGGCACUGUCUCUCAGCAGGGGAAAAAGGGAGGAAGGGGUGGGAAGGGGGAGGGAGAGAAAAUGGGUCUCCCAGUUGGAUGGGUGGACUGUCAUCACAGCUGCCCACUGGUGACCGGGGAGAGGAGAGGAGAGGGAGAGGCACUUCGCUUCGAGGGAGAGGAUAGGAGAGUAGGAGAGUAUGAGAGGAGAGGAGAGAGUGGAGAGGAGAGUAUAGAAGACUUACGAAUGGCGCUUCUCUUCUCGAGUUCCUGUCUUUUCUCUUCUUUCGUUUUGCUGUUUCUGUUUUUGUGAGGCGAGUGCAGGCUGGGGUGGGGGAUGGGACAAUGGAGUGAGUAAUGCACGUUGUUCACUCACUCCUUUACUACGGUUUCCCCUGCAGUCACAUAUGGCAGGCUCUUUAUGUGGUGAAUUAUUUUCAGCAUUACUACAUGAUGUUGUGUGCAUGGGUACUGUAUGUACAUGUGUGCCUCCAUCCGUUCUUGCUCACUUGUGCAAGUAUGUAGCAUGUACAUUAUGAUGUGUGUGUGGUGGAUACCCCAGGCCUUGCCUUGAGUCAUCCCUCCAGCAAUAGCAGUAAUGAAUGGUGUUUGGGAUGGAGAGGGAGAUGGAGCGGUGUGGCAGCCUGGUUGCCAGUCUGUUUAGCUUUUCUUUGUGCUUUGCCACAUGACAUGGAGUACAAGGAGUGGAAUGUUAGCUAAAGAGACUGGCAACCAGGUUAGUGGUGUGGUAUGUGUGACAGGGUCUGGUUGGUUUGUGCCGGCUCCGCCCAUCUGGCUAGUCCAUAUGGAGGCUUUUUUGGGGAAGGUGGAGUGGAGAAGGGGGAGAGGAGGAGACCUGCAGUUUGGGCCAUCUGUCCCCUACAAGGUGUUACUAGAGGAGUGGAGGGUACAGAGAGAGCCAGGCUCACACCCCAACAGGAGAGAGACAGCAGACAGGAAAUUGAUUUGACACAGUAGGAAAUGGAACCUUUGUUGACUAGACAGUGGUGCCAAUGCUUGAUCUGCUUAUCUCUGUUCAGGUAGUGAUAUGAAAUGGAUAAUAUCAUUAAAUGAUUGUAAUGACAUAGGUUAGGUGUGUGUGUGUGUGAACGCGUUCAUGCAUGCAUGCGUGUGUUAGUGUGCACAUGUGUGUGUUUAUAAGUGUGCACGCUUGUGUGUGUGUACGUACGUGCAUGCAUGUGUUUAUGUGUGUACAUGUGUGUGUUUAUAAGUGUGCACGUGUGUGUUUGCCAUGGAAGUAUGGAGAAUGGCUUGACCAUAGUUCGUGCAUAAACACUCAGAGAAUCAUUUUUUGAGAGACUGCAGUACCAUUAACAUAAUCUCUUCCUCCCUGGCCAAAUGGACCUUCAUUAACUGGUAGCAUUGUGGCUCUGAUUAUAGCGAUAUCCACAAAUGAAGUCACAUUAUGUGGCUAGCGGGGCCAUCAUUCUUAAUUGUCCAUAAUUCAUAAGUGAAAAUAUUCUCAUAAGCUGCAGCCCCAUAACAAUGCAAAUGUAAAUUGUCCAUUUAGUAACUCACUAAGCAUACUUAACUAUCAUCCUCGUGUGUCGAUAUUCAGCCGUGGUUGUUAUUGACCUGUAAAGCACACUAAAGAGAGAAGCUAUGGUGAUGAUGAUGCAUCGAAGAAAACAGGCUUUACUACUAAUCUACAGAAUGUCAAUGCACAGUAGCAGCCUACACACUCACAGUUUACAGGACACCAUGAGAUUCUAUCCGAGUGCAUGUCCCUACUGGACCGCUGUUGUUUAUCCAAAUGUGGAAGUGAAUUAGCUGAGAGUAGUGUGAGGUCAGCUGGUAAUGUAGCAGCAUACAUACAAACACCACCACCAGAGGAACUACUGCUGUUACGUAAUACAUUGUCCUCAGAAUCAUCCAGAAGAAAACACACAUACAAUGUUCUCAGACACACGCACGAACACACACGCACACGCACACACUCAGCCACUUCAGGACCACAUUGUGUACCAUACCAUCUGCAUAUUCCCAGUCUCGCAGAUAGCUGGAGGCAGAUGAAGAGACACUCAUCUCUCUCUCUAUCUCUAUCUCUAUCUCUCUCUCUCUCUCUCUCUCUCUCUCUCUCUCUCUCUCUCUCUCUCUCUCUCUCUCUCUCUCUCUCUCUCUCUCUCUCUCUCUCUCUCUCUCUCUCUCUCUCUCUCUCUCUCUCCAUCUCAUGCUUGCUCUUUCUCUCCUUCUUUUUCUGAGCCAGAGCUGCUAAUUAAAAGGAAGAUGAAACAGAGCUGAUAAACAAAGUUGAUAAGAGCUUCAGAUGGAGUCUACACUGCUAAUCUGUGGAGAAUGUCUUCUGAGAGCCUUUGAAUCUUUUAAAGAGCUAAGCUAACACUGAGUUUGUCCUAGAGGAGAGAAAUAGACUACAGAAAACCCCAAUGAGGAAAUGUUUAAUACCUCUUACCACUCCAUGCCAUGGAGAAUGAAUGGCGAAUUAAUCAUUAUGUGUGGAAUAUUCGUCCAAAGAUUUGUCAUUCUUAACAUUUUUCACCCACUCUUUGUCUAUGAUAUUGGUGAACACCUAGCAGAAUGUAGAGUGCUGUUCUCUGCUUGCUGAAGCAACACUGUCACAUGUUAAGGGUGGGCUCUCAGGCUAUUGGCUUUAGCUUGCCUGUGGAAACAGUAAGACCGUUCGUUUACACUUGCUUGAACAAAGCCCUGCAAUUAUAAUGCGGAUUCUCCAGUGAUUUCUCCCUUAGAGCAGGCAGAGCUGAGAAAGGCCAGGGGCUGACUGGCACGGCACUCCCAUCUGACGAUGGAGCUGAGGAAGAGAGUGCUCCUUAGCUGUGUUAGAGCUACCGUACAGCUCUCUCUCAUCCUCUCUGUCUCUCUCUGUUUUCUCUCUUCCUUUCUCUGCUCACCCUCUUAAUCAUUCUCUCACUCUAUAUCAUCUUCUCCUUGAGCAUAUGCCUUCUGUUUCUCUCUCUUCCUCCACCCUACUGUGCUUUCUCUUUUUCUCUCCAUCUCUCUCUCUCUCUCUCUCUCUCUCUCUCUCUCUCUCUCUCUCUCUCUCUCUCUCUCUCUCUCUCUCUCUCUCUCUCUCUCUCUCUCUCUCUCUCUCUCUCUCUCUCUCUCUCUCUCUCUCUCUCUCUCUCUCUCUCCUGGCCCAGUGCUUAUCAGGCACUGCAUGCUCAGGCCUCAAACAAGCUAUUAAGUGGGCUACUCUCAGACAGAGCUAUUAGCAUCACAUCCCAGACAGAGACUGCCAGGUGGAAUAGAAAGUGUGUUCUGAAAAGCAGCACAGACCAUAAGCCAACAGUCAUUUACUGAAACAGCCACUCUAUUUAAGUUGUAGUCUUUCCUAGACUGCUGCAAUGACAGUCUGUUCAUUUUCACCUUGAAUUUGUCUCACAGUCCCACUUUCUAUGAGGUAAUGAAUUAGAUUGAUCAAUUAUAGAUAAUCUGCUGGCUUUACACAUCCACACAUUUAGGCUAAUUUAGCCAACAGUGUUUGUAUCCAUACAGAUGGAAUGUUAAGACUGGCAGUCUGAAGUACCUUUGGCCAUCUCUGAUCAAAGAGCUCUUGGUUGUUUUGAAGGGUAUCUUUGGUCAGUCUUUUAGUGCGCUUUAGAUUUCAGAGCUUUAUUAUUUCAGAGGUUCGUUACAACAUAGCUCUCAGAGAGUUAUUGACAGUUGGCCUCCCUUGACCCGUCUUGUUACAUUUAGACUCUCCAACAUGCAGCAGCACAGACAAGAAAACAUUUUUAUAGUAGCCUAUACAGUGUAUUAUUUCCCCCAAAUAUAUGUAAUACUUUCCCAAAAUACCCUUUGCAUGUUCUCAUUGCUUCCUAUGCCUCUGUCUAUUAUUCCACUCAAGAUCCCGCUGAGCAGAGAUGUGUGAACAUUUGUCACACACAGUCAGUCAUUCACAUGCACAUUUGUAAUUGAUUGUAACACCAUCCACCCACACAUUUAAUUUUCAUGACUUUGCUAGUCUGUGUCAUCCAUUAUAAUCAAAACAUGCUUCCUCUUCAUGCCCUUAUCUGACUCAUAGGUCAGGGUCCAUAUUCAUAAAGUGUAGAGUAGAAUUGCUGAUUUAGAAUCAGUUUAGCCUUUUAGAUCAUAUAAUGAGUAAGAUUACAUGGACAGGGGAGGUGGGUGGGGCUGAUCCUAGAUCAGCAUUCCUACUCUGAGAUGCUUUAUGAAUACAGGCCCAGAUGUUUCCAUAACCAUGGUUGUUUUCUUACGUCUCUCUCCUCCUGUGUGUUAAUAGGGAUUUCCUUCCCCGUGGCUCUGGCAUCGUCACCCGCCGUCCCUUGGUCCUGCAGCUGAUCAACUGUCCCACAGGUAAACUCUUCCCGUUCCCCUCUCUGUCCCACAGGUAAAGCCUUCCCCCAUCCCUCCCUUCCAUCAGAGGCACCUAGUGAUACCAGUGGCUUGGUAGGGUUGUUAUUGUAACUCUUCAUUAGGCACAGUAUAUCUAAUAAGCAAGCUUUCAAUAACAGGCUUAAUCACCAUGCGAAAUAGGACAAAUCAUUAGUCCUCAUUCACAUUUAAUCCAGUCUAAUGUAACCAGUUCAGAAUGUGCCUUUUGGAACAGCUGUAUUGCAUUUACUGUAUAGUACAAAAUAUCAGUACCAUCUAAGGUUUAUGAAGACCAAACUGUCUUGGACCCUCUUUGCUCAAAUAAUGUAUAACCUACCCAAAGUCAUUAAUAAUAAUACACUUUAUUUGUAAAGCGCAUUUCUCACACCCAAGGCCUUGGAUUAAAGAUUAUAUACAUAUAAUAAUAAUUCAUAUUCUGUAUUACCAAAAAUACAAAAUGAGCUUCUUCUUAUUUUUCAGCCAUUACAAGGUCUGUGGCCGUCUCACAGUUUGAUCAAUAGUGCCAUCUAGUGUUGCUACAUUUCCCCUCCAAACUGAGAGUGAUGAAAAGUGAAAAUAUGACAGAACAGCUCAUUUCAAUUCAAGCUGCCAAAAAUGGUUUCCUGUAUUUGUCAUUGUUACGUCCCGGCUGUCUUCUUAUAUGAUCUUGUCAUCCUCACUCGUCCUCUGCUUUCCUUUCCUCACCUCUUUUCUGUGCCCCUCUCUUUCUGCAGAAUAUGCUGAGUUCCUUCACUGUAAGGGGAAGAAGUUCACAGACUUCGAUGAGGUUCGGGGGGAGAUCGAGGCGGAGACGGACCGCAUCACUGGGCAGAAUAAGGGCAUCUCCCCUGUGCCAAUCAACCUCAGGGUCUACUCCCCACAUGGUGAGGACACAGACCUGGCAACAUGGCAUCUUGGCAGAACUACCACACUCAUAAGACUUUGAUCGUAGGAAAGACUAGAGUAGUAUAACUAUCUUAAUUCUAUACACUGAAUUUUGUGAAUCAAGUUUCCCUAUUCGUCUUUUCAAGGUUAGCGUCAUUAAUCGAUUCUGAUAUCAUAUUUAGAAAUCUCUCUCUGACUCCACCUCUCUCCCCUCUACCCUCUCCACACUCACUUCCUCUCUCCCCUCCUCCUUCUCCCCUCUACCCUCUCCACACUCUCUUCACCUUCCUCUCUCAUCUCCCCUCUCCCUUCACCCCCUCUCUGCCCUCUUCUUUCACCCCCUCUCUCCCGCUUUCACCUUCCCUCUCCUCUCUUCCCUCUCUCCCCUCUCCCCCCUCUCUCCCCUAGUCCUGAACCUGACUCUGGUGGACUUGCCGGGGAUGACCAAGGUCCCAGUAGGGGACCAGCCUGUGGACAUUGAGCAGCAGAUCAGAGACAUGUUGUAUCAGUUUGUGACCAAGGACAACUGUCUGCUGCUGGCUGUCUCUCCGGCCAACUCUGAUCUGGCCAACUCAGAUGCCCUGAAGAUUGCCAAAGAAGUCGACCCACAAGGUGGGUGAGGUUGACUAGAGGUUGAAGGCAAAAACUGUAGGCCUUCUGGCUCUCAUCAGUGCUCUCAGUAUCAUUCACCAUCAAAUUGUGACAUAGCAGUAGUUAGACAAGGAUGCAAUUUAACCUACCUACAGCUGGACUUUGUUAGUGUGUGUGUGUAUGUUUGUGUGUGUGUGUGUGCCCAGGUCAGAGAACCAUUGGUGUUAUCACCAAACUGGAUCUGAUGGACGAGGGGACUGAUGCCCGAGAAAUUCUGGAGAACAAGCUGCUGCCACUGCGAAGAGGUCAGACUAAACACUCAUACUCACACUCACACUCACACACACACACACACACACACACACACACACACACACACACACACACACACACACACACACACACACACACACACAUCCUGUCUCAGUGCCUCCCUCUAGUGGCUAUGUAGUUAAUAAUAAUAAUAAUAAUAAUAAUAAUAAUAAUAAUAAUAAUAAUAAUAGAACAUUGGAUAUAAAGCGCCUUUCAAGAAACCCAAGGACACUGUACAGCGAGAGAGUAAAAAACUAAACAAGGAUAAAACAAUAGAAGAAAAGCUACUUACCUUAAGAUAGAGCUGACUAAGGGCUGAGCUAAGCUGAGGGAAAAGCCAGACUGAACAGGUCGGUUUUUAGUUGGUUUCUGAAAAGGGUGAUAGAGUCAGAGUUGCGGGUGGCUGGGGGGGAGAAAGUUCCAGAGUUUGGCGGCAGCGGCGCUGAAAGCCCGGUGCUCCAUGGUACAGAGUCUUGUUUUGGGGAUGGUGAGUAGUCCAGAGUCAGAGGAGAGGAGACAGCGGGAGAGGGUGUGUGUGUGAAGGAGGUCAGAGAGGUAUGAGGGGGCCAUGGAGGGCCUUGUAGGUGUGGAGUAGGAUCUUGUAGGUAAUGCGGAAUUUGACUGGGAGCCAGUGAAGGUGUUGCAGAGUGGGGGUGAUGUGUUCCCAGGGUUUGGUGUGUGUGAGGACCCUGGCAGCGGAGUUCUAGACGUACGGAAGCCUAUCCAUGGCUUUGCCGGACACCCCAAAUAGGACUCCAGUUGUGUUGCUCACUGCAGCAGCCAGUGUUAUAACCCCUCACAACCCUAGAGAGAGAAAGGUAGACAGGAGGAGGUAGAGAGAGAGAGGAGGUGGAGAGGGGGGGAGGGAGAACAAGGAAAGUGAAGGAAAGAAAGAGAUGGAGGCGGUCAAAAACAACAUCUUGAUUUCAGUGACACAUCUGGAAAAAACGUCUGUUCGUUUCUUUUCUUUGCAAUAAAAUAUAUUUGUGGGAAACGUUCCAAUGCAAUUAGGUGACGGACGUUUUUCCACUGGCGCUUGGUUAGAACCCAGGCAUGUAGUUCUGAACAGUUUCCAUUGUCCUCUGUCUCCAUCGUCUCUGCUUCUGUCACUCUCUAGUGUCAGAAGGCCUCACAUAUUAAACCACUAGCAUAUUUAUAAGGCUACUGGCGUUCAGUCCAAAAGGUUAUAUAGCAAGAUAUACUGUUUAACAGAGAAAUGCAUGAGAAAACCUAACUAGAUGGGGAUAUGUGAUCCCUGUUACCCUUGUGGCUGCCACUGGGGAAGUGGGAGCUAAAAGUUACCCUCCACACCUCCCUCCGAACACCCCACCCCUUCAUCCCACUACCCCAGUGUGGUAAACCCACAAAGACAAACAAACUAGAAAAAAACACACACACAUCAAAAUAAAUUAACAAACCUCUUUAUUUUCGGUUCUUCUUUCUUUCUCUCCACAAAACAACAUUUUGCCUCAUCGCAUCCUGAUCUGUCCUGUAUCAGCUAACCUCUCUCCCUGCCCCAGGUUACAUUGGUGUGGUGAACAGGAGUCAGAAGGACAUUGAUGGGAAGAAGGACAUCACAGCGGCCAUGGCUGCAGAGAGGAAGUUCUUCCUGACCCACCCAGGAUACAGACACCUGGCUGAACGCAUGGGCACCCCUUACCUACAGAAAACACUCAACCAGGUCAGUCCCCUACCUACAGAAAACACUCAACCAGGUCAGUCCCCUAUCUACAGAAAACACUCAACCAGGUCAGUCCCCUACCUACAGAAAACACUCAACCAGGUCAGUCCCCUAUCUACAGAAAACACUCAACCAGGUCAGUCCCCUACCUACAGAAAACACUCAACCAGGUCAGUCCCCUACCUACAGAAAACACUCAACCAGGUCAGUCCCCUACCUACAGAAAACACUCAACCAGGUCAGUCCUCCACUGUGUGUGUGUGCGUGUAUGUAGAGGGGAAUGCUAAGACUGUCCUAAUCUGUGGUUCAAAUGGCUCAAUAAUUACCAAAGGGCGUAGUAGGAAUAUUAUUUUAGUGGUCGCUAUAUAUUUCACUUCAGAGAAGUCUUCUAGGAGAUGAGCCAUCCACAGGAUCUCUUUGAUGCUUUCGAGGUGUUUAUAACAUCCACUGAAGAUAAGAGAGUAGGCGAAUAGUAGUAGAUUAGUCUAGGAUCUGAUCACUGUCAUCUCUUCAUUCCCAUAUUAAAACCCACCCUGACCUUUCACACUGCAGCAACUGACCAAUCACAUCCGGGACACUCUGCCGGGGCUGCGGGCCAAGCUGCAGAGCCAGCUGCUGUCUAUUGAGAAGGAAGUGGAGGAGUACAAGAACUUCAGACCUGAUGACCCCUCCCGCAAGACCAAGGCCCUGUUGCAGUGAGUAGGACACACACUUGCUUGCACACACACACACGCACGCACGCACGCACGCACGCACGCACGCACGCACGCACGCACGCACGCACGCACGCACACACACACACACACACACACACACACACACACACACACACACACACACACACACGCACACACACGCACACACGCACGCACACACACAGCAUUCAACACAUUCAUAGAGUAUACAAGUGCAAACACACAUACACACACUGGUCCAACACACAUACACACACUGGGCUUUGGGAGUAGUUCUGGGUAUAAGGAGGUUGGAUCUGGUUCGGGAGUGUGUGGCUUUUCAGACACAUAAGGUCAGAACUCAUUCAUUAACACACACACAUUAAUUAACUCCCUUUUCCCUGUAUCCCACCCAGGAUGGUGCAGCAGUUCUCAGUGGACUUUGAGAAGCGUAUCGAGGGCUCUGGGGACCAGAUCGACACAGCAGAGCUGUCAGGAGGAGCCAGGAUCAACCGCAUCUUCCACGAGCGCUUCCCCUUCGAGCUGGUCAAGGUGUGUGUCAUGUACUGUAUAUGUGCAUGUCUCUUACCAGGUCCCCCUCUUUCCUAACUCUUAGUGUCCAUGCAGCCCCAGAAUGAGACAAACAGUGCCGUGGUUUGCCUCCCGCCUCCCUCAGGACCCCAACCCAGAGACUUUAUGAGGAAAACAUUCCUCCCUCCCUCCCCAAAUCCCCUCCCUCCCCCCCCUCCCUUCCUCUGUCCCUCCCACCACAGUAAAACAUUCAGUCUGGGCCUUGACCACAGUAUGGGGCCCUGCUGGGGCCAGAAUUCAGUCUCAUGUAGGCUCAUCUUACAAAAGGACUGUGUCCCAAAUGACACCCUAUUCCCUAUUUAGUGCACUAGCUUUGACCAGAUAUCCUUUCUGCUUUAGAAAUACUUUCUGCUUUAGAUUUAUCUUACAUGAGAGAAGUAUCUGUUGGAGUCAAUAAACAUUUGUCAGACUGUCUGUCAUCAAAUCAAAUCAAAUCAAAUGGUACUGGUCACAUACACAUAUUUAGCAGAUGUUAUUGCGGGUGUAGCAAAAUGCUUGUGUUUCUAGCUCCAACAGUGCAGUAAUAUCUAACAAUUCACAACAAUACACACAAUACACACAAAUCUAAAAGUAAAAGAAUUAAGAAAUAUAUAAAUAUUAGGAUGAUUAAUGUCAGAGUGGCAUAGACUAAAAUACAGUAGAAUAGGCUCAUGUUAUAGCUCUAAGUAUCAUGUCAAAUGAUUCACCUUCAGACUGAGUGGAAUAACUGAGCAGUGUUAGUACUUAGUUUGAAUGUGUUUUUAUGUUGUAAGAGUGGUUGUAAAUGUGCUCCUGUGAUUAAUAUUCUGUCUGAUUUUCAGAGCCACUCAAUGAAUACAAGGGACCUUAGGUUCCUAUUUCUGUGGUUUCUGCUGUGUGUCGGAGGUGUGUGCUCACUAUUCAAUGGUGUGUUUGUCAUUUCUGUGUCUGUACAGAUGGAGUUUAAUGAGAAGGAGCUUCGCAAGGAGAUCAGCUACGCAAUCAAGAACAUCCACGGCAUCAGGCACGUCCCUCAUCCCCAUCCCUCUCUCUCUCCCUCUCUCCCUCUCUCCCUCGCUCCCUCUCUCCCUCUCUCCCUCUCUCCCUACCGCUGUCCACGCCCCCCUGGGUCACCCCUAUGGGCCAAACCAACUCUAAUCAACCUCACCCAUCUAAUCAUGAAGACCUCUAGAAACACUGAUCGCAGUCAAGCGCCCAGCAUGCUGUUGCAUACUGAGGACAUCAGAAACAGAGGUGGAGGGAUUUGUGAUUAGAUCUGAGACCGCUGGUUGGGUGGUGUCUUUCUCUCACUCUUUGCCCCGUCCGUCUGUCUGUAUCUUGUAUGUAUGUAUGUCUGUCUGUCUGUCUGCUGAAGCCUCAUAUGCCCGUCAUGUGUAACCUAGCUCACUCCCCGUCCUAUGACAAGGUCUUUUACCUAGGUCCUAGAGUGAUAUAAAUCAGAAUCAAACAGUGAUGUCAUCACUCUUCAGGAAGUGAACCUGUUGAAAGUCACCCCUGUGUUUCUUCCUCCCUCUUAACCUAACUCCCAUGAGUGAAGGAAGGCUUCAAGGAUAGAAGACGGUUUGAUCUACGUACCAGAACACAUAUUCCUCCUGACUACCAAUAAACCAUACUUACCUUAACUAUGAACAAUUAUUAUUUCUCUAGUGUAGUUGGUAUAAGAUGGUGGAAAGAGAAGCCCAAUUGGUUUGCUCUGAACUCAAUAAAAAAAUUUGAAUGAAAUCAAAUUUUAUUUGUCACAUGCUUCGUAAACAACUGGUGUAGACUAACAGUGAAAUAGUUACUUACGGGUCCUUUUUCAACAAUGCAGAAUGCAAAAUACAGAUUUCAAUAUAUAUAUAUACACUACCAGUCAAAAGUUUUAGAACACCUACUCAUUCAAGGGUUUUUCUCAAUUUGUACUAUUUUUUACAUUGAAGAAUAAUAGUGAAGAAAUCAAAACUAUGAAAUAACACAUAUGGAAUCAUUUAGUAACCAAAAAAGUGUUAAACAAAUCAAAAUAUAUUUUAUAUUUGAGAUUCUUCAAAUAGCCACCCUUUGCCUUGAUGACAGUUUUGCACACUCUUGGCAUUCUCUCAACCAGUUUCAUGAUGUAGUCACCUGGAAUGCAUUUCAAUUAACAGGUGUGCUUUCUUAACCUGUACGGGAUCGGUGUCCCGUUUACGGGACGGUUGAGCUAACGUGCGCUAAUGUGAUUAGCAUGACUGUUGUAAGUAACAGCAAACUUUCCAGGACAUAGACAUAUCUUAUAUGGCAGAAAGCUGACAUUCUUGUUAAUAUAACUGCACUGUCCAAUUUACAGUAGCUAUUACAGUGAAAAAAUACCAUGCUAUUGUUUGAGGAGAGUGCACAACAACAAAAUACUUUUCACGGCAACUGGUUUGAUACAUUCACCUCUGAAGGUAAAUAAUGUACUUACAUUCAGUAAUCUUGCUCUGAUUUGUCAUCCUAAGGGUCCCAGAGAUAAAAUGUAGCAUAGUUUUGUUUGAUAAAAUCCAUUUUUAUAUUCAAAUGCAGGAACUGUGUUCUACAGUUUGAACCCCUGCUGUCUCUGGCUCCACACCCACCCCGCCCGGCCAUCUAGAUGUGUGAAAGUUAGUGUAUAAGCUAAUGAUCCAUCAUGUAUGACAUUCCUGGGAAUGUGUAAACUUACAUUUUGUAUUAGCAUAUAAUUUUUGUAUGUUCUCUAUAGUUAUGUACUUGAAAAUGUAUCAAUUGACCAAUUCGGCACAUUUGGGCAGACUUGAUACAAAAUAGUCCAGUAUUGCAAUGCUUCACUGGAUCAAUCUGAAACUUUGCACACACACUGGCCAAAAUCUAAACUGCGCCUAAACUGCAAUAUUAUAUUGUGGCCAUUCUCUUGCAUUUCAAAGACGAUGUAACAACAGAAAAAAAAAAAGAAAACACAUGUUUUUUUGUUUGUAUUAACUUUUACCAGAUAUAAUGUGUUAUAUUCUCCUACAUUAAUUUGACAUUUCCACAAACUUCUAAGUGUUUCCUUUCAAAUGUAUCAAUAAUAUGCAUAUCCUUGCAUCAGGUCCUGAGCUACAGGCAGUUAGAUUUGGGUAUGUCAUUUAAAGCGAAAAUUGAAAAAAAGGGUCCGAUCCUUAAGAGGUUAAAAGCUAAUUUGUGGAAUUUCUUUCCUUCUUAAUGUGUUUGAGCCAAUCAGUUGUGUUGUGACAAGGUAGGGGUGGUAUACAGAAGAAAGCCCUAUUUGGUAAAAGACCAAGUCCAUAUUAUGUCAAGAACAGCUCAAAUAAGCAAAGAGAAACGACAGUCCAUCAUUACUUUAAGACAUGAAGGUCAGUCAAUAAUGGAAAAUGUCAAGAACUUUGAAAGUUUAGACAAGUGCAGUCGCAAAAAUUAUCAACCGCUAUGAUGAAACUGACUCUCAUGAGGACCACCACAGGAAUGGAAGACCCAGAGUUACCUCUGCUGCAGAGGAUAAGUUAAUUAGAGUUACCAGCCUCAGAAAUUGCAUCCCAAAUAAAUGCUUCACAGAGUUCAAGUAACAGACACAUCUCAACAUCAACUGUUCAGAGGAGACUGUGUGAAUCAGGCCUUCAUGGUCGAAUUGCUGCAAAGAAACCACUACUAAAGGACACCAAUAAGAAGAAGAGACCUGCUUGGGCCAAGAAACACGAGCAAUGGACAUUAGACAGGUGGAAAUUUGUCCUUUGGUCUGGAGUCCAAAUUUAAGAUUUUUGGUUCCAACCGCCGUGUCUUUGAGAGAUGCAGUGUGGGUGAAUGGAUGAUCUCCGCAUGUGUAUUUCCCACCGUAAAGCAUGUAGGAGGAGGUGUUAUGGUGAGGGGGUGCUUUGCUGGUGACACUGUCUGUGAUUUAUUUAGAAUUCAAGGCACACUUAACCAGCAUGGCUACCACAGCAUUCUGCAGCGAUAUGCCAUCCCAUCUGGUUUGGGCUUAGUGGGACUAUCAUUUGUUUUUCAACAGGACAAUGACCCAACACACCUCCAGGCUAUGUAAGAGCUAUUUUAACAAGAAGGCGAGUGUUGGAGUGCUGCAUGAGAUGACCUGGCCUCCACUAUCCCCUGACCUCAAUCCAAUUGAGAUGGUUUGGGAUGAGUCGGACCGCAGAGUGAAGGAAAAGCAGCCAACAAGUGCUCAGCAUAUGUGGGAACCCCUUCAAGACUGUUGGAAAAGCAUUUCAGGUGAAGCUGGUUGAGAGAAUGCCAAGAGUGUGCAAAGCUGUCAUCAAGGCAAAGGGUCCCUAUUUGAAUAUAUAUAUUUGUUUAACACUUUUUUGGUUACUACAUGAUUCCAUAUGUGUUAAUUCAUAGUUUUGAUGUCUUCACUAUUAUUCUACAAUGUAGAAAAUAGUAAAAAUAAAGUAAAACCCUUGAAUGAGUAGGUGUGUCCAAACUUUUGACUAUAUAAAAAUAUUUGACUUCCUCUCUUUGUUACCUUUCCUUUGGGGCCAAUGAUCUGAAAGAUGCAGUUAAAAGGAAAAUGGUUGAUAACAUAUGCUUACAAUGAGGGUGCCCUCUACCCUACAGGUCAGUGGUUCUGAAGGAGGGGGAAUGGUGAAAGGUAACCAUUUAAGAGAAUUAGGACACAUUUUGUUGUAGUAGUGUAGGGAUUCCAAUAGGCAUGGUGUCAUCUGAGGAGUGGAGCAUGUUGGGAAAACUCUUCACAUACUGUAUAGCAAUAAUCAUAUAAGUUGUGUUCUAAGAGCUCAGUUAUGCUUUUAUCUGCACAUGUAAACAUAUAAGCACAUUUCAGCUAGCAGAAUAUUUUUCUCAAACCAUGAUGUGAUGAUUUAGUUCAUUUUUUAAGUCAUUUUUUCUGCUUUCUGUUGUCAUUCUCUUUCUUUGUCUUAUCUGCAUGUUUCUUCUUUUUGUUGUGUUAGGGGGUCGGGAGGGGGAAUUUAUUUUCAAUUAACACUAUCCCUCCCUCUUCCUCCUUCUCCUUUUUUCUUUUUCUCUCUUUUUUUGGGCCUGUUACCGGGCAGAACUGGCCUCUUCACCCCGGACAUGGCUUUUGAGACCAUUGUGAAAAGGCAGAUCGGCAAGAUCAAAGAGCCCUGCCAGAAAUGUGUGGACAUGGUCAUUUCUGAGCUAGUCAAUACUGUUAGGCAGUGUACUCAGAAGGUAAACACACAUGGUGGAGAGCAACACUAUGGUUCCACCCCUCCCUCCCACCAAAACCUGCUGCUAUGUCAUCCCUGUUACCGUAUCACCGUACCGUCUCGUUAUCCAGCCCCUGUUGUCCCGGGUUGGGACAGUAGGGGGCGUACUGGGGUAGCGGGGGUAUUGUGAGGGACUGCCUGCCUACCGCUUUGGAUGGGGUGGCUUGGCAGAGUGGCCGCGGCAUGGCCAUGUUAGAGAACUAUGCUAGGUAUAGAAGGGGUCUGGAUGCUGCUGGGUUGCUGCUAUAUGACUGCAUGUCAAGGGUUUCAACUUUAGACACAGGAGUAAGGAUUCAAAUAUUUUAACAAACAUUUUUGCUAUGAAUAUGAUCAAAUUAACAUUAGUAAUUAAAUUAAUGGUCAAAUUAACACAUCUUAAGAUGUUACAGUUCUGUUAAGUCACAGGUGACUGAGUUCAUUUUAGCAGUGGUGACAUCAUUUUUGAUGCUCUGACUAUCUCAUCAAAGUGUCACUCAGCUGUUGUCCCUGGCAGCCAUGUUGGGUGACCUCAGCAUCCAGACUUCCUGCUUGUGAGGCCGGGGGCUGUGCACCUGCAGCAGAAAGGACCCAUGACAACGUGAAAGUUUGGCGGCUCACCCAAGGGCCAAGUUCAGCUAAGAGGGCCCUUGAGGGCUACACUCAGCCUUAAUAUCAGUUAAUCCACUGUGACCACGCCCAGUUUGGAAUGCGGUCUGACCACAGUGGUUCUGGGACAGUGGAAUAACAAAUGCUGUGGCCCUGCUCUGAGUGGUCAGCUGGGGGAUAGGGGGGUGGAGCGGGGGUCAGGUAGAGGGGAAGAGCAAGGUGCUUCGUCUGAGAUGUUGGGUGCACAGCUGCGGUCUCAAAUGGCUCAUGGCUCAGAGCUGUGGGCCAGUGGGGUGGUGUAGGCUGUGAUCGCUCUCUCUCUCUCCUUCUCUCUCUCUCUCUCUCUCUCUCUCUCUCUUCUCUCUCUCUCUCUCUCUCUCUCUCUCUCUCUCUCUCUCUCUCUCUCUCUCUCUCUCUCUCUCUCUCUCUCUCUGGAUGGAGGGAUAGACCUCAGCGCUGGCCUGUUUUGAACAGCUUCAAGGGAAACCAAAUGUCUCACUUGCCUUUUCAUCCCUCUACUGUUUACCCACCUCCCCCUGGCCUGUCCCUAUCCCCUCUUUUUCAUCUGCCUCUCAACCUGUCAUCCCUAUUUUUCCCCACCUGUUUCUCUCCUUCUCUGUGUGGCCCUCUUGUGUUACUCUUUCAUCUCUCUCUCGUUCUUAUGCUUUGACCUGCUCUCUAUCCCCGUGGAUUCUCUUCAUCUUUUACUCCAUCUCUGUUUCUGUUUCUCUUUGUCUCUUUAUCUCGGUUUCUCCCCCUUCUGUUUCUCUAUUUCUUUACUUCUCUCUCUCUCUCUUCUCUCCCGUCACCGCCUCCUCUCUACAGGACGGGCCUGUUCACUCCUGACCUAGCCUUUGAGGCCAUAGUGAAAAAGCAGAUCCAAAAGCUGAAGGAACCCUCACUGAAGUGUAUAGAUAUGGUAGUGAGCGAACUCACCUCCACCAUACGAAAGUGUAGUGACAAGGUAACCAACGAACCGAGCCAUGUUCGGAGUCUGGCUUGCGUCAUUCUUAGAGGUAGGGAUAGACCGAUGGCUGGACUACAAAAAAAAGCCAAGCUAAAUACGUGAUCUAUUUUAGAUCAGCAUAAUGGUUAGGGCUGUAGCUACAGUGCUUUCAGAAAAUGUUCAUACCCCUUGACUUAUUCUACAUUUUGUUCUGUUACAGCCUGAAUUCAAAAUGGAUUACAUAGAUUUUGUUUCUCACCCAUCUAUACAGAAUACCCCAUAAUGAGAAAGUGAAAACAUGUUUUUCAACAUUUUUGCAAAUCAGGUACAGAAAUAUCACACCCCUGAGUCAAUACUUUAGCAGCGAUUAGCUAUGAGUCUUUCUGGGUAAGUCUCUAAGAGCUUUCCACACCUUGAUUGUGCAACAUUUGCCCAUAAUUAUUUUCACAAUUCUUCAAGCUCUGUCAAAUUGGUUGUCAGUCAAAACUGUAACUCGGCCGCUCAGGAACAUUCACUGACUUCUUUGUAAGCAACUCCAGGGUAGAUUUGGCCUUGUGUUUUAUGUUAUUGUCCUGCUAAAAGGGGAAUUCAUCUCCCAGUGUUUGGUGGAAAGCAGACUGAACCAGGUUUUCCUCUAGGAUUUUGCCAGUAGUUAGCUCCAUUCCGUUUCUUUUUUAUCCUGAAAAACUCCCCAGUCCUAAACGAUUACAAGCAUACCAAUAACAUGAUGCAGCCACCACUAUAUGCUUGAAAUUAUGGAAAAUGGUACUCAGUAAUGUGUUGUAUUGGAUUUGCCCCAAACAUAACACUUUGUAUUCAGGACAAAAAGUUAAUUGCUUUGUCACAUGUUUUUAAUGCCUUGUUGCCAAAAUAAUGCAUGUUUUGGAAUAUUGUUAUUCUAUACAGGCUUAGUUCUUUUCACUCUGUCAAUUAGGUUAGUAUUGUGGAGUAACUACAAUGUUGUUGAUCCAUCCUCAUUUUUCUCCUAUAAUAGCCAUUAAACUCUGUAACUAUUUUAAAGUCACCAUUGGCCUCAUGGUGACAUCCCUGAGUGGUUUCCUUCCUCUCCGACAACUGAGUUAGGAGGGACGCCUGUAUCUUUGUAGUGGCUGGGUCAUACACCAUCCAAAGUGUAAUUAAUAACUUCACCAUGCUCAAUGUCUGCUUUAAAAAAAAAAUCCCAUCUACCAAUAGGUUCCCUUCUUUGUGAAGCACUGGAACACCUCCCUGGUCAUUGUGGUUGAAUCUGUGUUUGAAAAUCACUGCUUGACUGAGGGAUCUUACAGAUAAUUGUAUGUGUGGGGUACAGAGAUGAGGUAGUCAUUAAAUGUUAAACACUAUUAUUGCACACAGUUAGUCCAUGCAACUUAUUAUGUGACUUGUCAAGCAAAUGUAUACUCCUAAACAUAUUUAGGCUUGCCAUAACAACGGGGUUGAAUACUUAUUGACUCAAGACAUUUCCAAUUCUCAUUUUGAUUAAUUUGUAAACAUUUAGAAAAAAUAAUUAGACGUUGACAUUAUGGGGUAUUGUGUAUAGGCCUGUGACAAAAAAAAAUCUAUAUUUAAAUCUAUAUUUUUAAAUUCAUGUUAUAACACAACAAAAUGUGGAAAAAGUCAAGGGGUGUGAAUAUUUUCUGAAGGCGCUGUAUAUGCUUUCAGUUUGUUCGAAAAGAGGCAACUUAACUAAAAUAGCCAUUUUAUAAAUUCUUUAUGAUUACCAGUUUAUAGUUCUUUGAAGAUUUGAGUGCUUAUAAGUACAGAUGCAGAAUGAUACAGACUAAACGUGCAUACAGCCAUGACCUAUGUGUCUGAUUGCAUUUCUUUAGUUUGACAUAUACAGAAGUUCUCAUUAUAGAAUGCACAGUAUGCCACACAGCUAAGACAUCCUUUCAUAGUGUGUCUUUGUCAGUCAGUCUCUUCGUUCAUACUCCAUAUUCCACAAUUAUCUCCUCUGUGCAUUUUGAUCAACCUCUCCUGCUCUCCAUGGGUUUUGUACUGUACCGUGUGAGGUGUUGUGGUGUGAUAUUAGUGUCUGAAGUUUAUCUGCAAAUUGGGCUCUUCCAUAUUGGUUUCGAAAAGCCAAAGAACAAGUCUAGGUGUUGGCUCCGAGCCAGCUCCAUUGCAGACUUCUUUUCUUUUCUUGAAACAUGCCGUUCCAUUUAUGCAAUGAUGGUAUCAUAAACAUGUUGAAUACUAUAUCUGACUCGGAAGACAGACAUUGCAGACAUUUUUUUCACGCAGAAUUAACUCCCAUAAAUAUUCCGUGACAAUAUACAGUGACAUUCAUAUACUGCAUAGUCACUUUGUUAACCUGGCGAAUGCCGAGGAUAGAUUGUGGUCACUUGCGGUCAUGACACAAGUCCCAUGAGGAGUAACACAUGAAAGGAUUCAAACAUCUAUUGACAUGGUAAGCUAGAUAUAUUGUUUAUUUUCAAUAGGGGACACCUAACCAUGCACACUAUUAUUGAUGAAAUGUCAGCUUCUCUAUAUGUGUGAUACCGUUAGCAUUCUGUCACACUUCACUGUCUGUGUUCUGUGUCCACUCAGGAAUAUGUUAUGUAGUCAGAACAACAUUGGUGAACAGUAUAUUCACUCUUUUAUAUUAAUAGUAUGAAUAUAGUAGGACUGAGACUAUGGAUUAUUCUUUGCUGUCUUCGGACGUGGCAUCUAGCACAUUUGUCCAGCAGACUAUCGGUCUAUCCUUACUAUAGUCUGACCAUGAUAUUAAACUCCCAUUUUGAUUUAUUUCAUUCUAUUUCUAUUCAAACAUUCGUUGUCAUUCUGUUUUGUUUUCUGAUUGGCCAAAAUAGACAAUUUACCUAAUUGUCCCAAGUUUCCAUCGUAACCAGCAUGCAACAGUGUUUUAUCCUCAGUUAGUCAUAUCUUUGUGACCUCCUCUCACUCUCCGAUUCUGUCAUCUGAUUGAGUUCCUCUAGUUGAUUCUACUCACUUCCAUCCCGUGUCUGUCGAUAUGAUUUUAUAUGAUUUGAUCUGUUGUAGUAAUUGCUGUUGCAGGUCUAAAGGUUGUGUCUCACCAUCUCGACUAACAGAUUCCACAGCAUCUCUCUCUGUCUUUCUCUUUCUUGUCUUCUACAUCUUGUUGCGUCUAACCUCUCACUGUCUUGCUUAUUCAUCAAGCAAACGUGUAAAAAAAACAGAAAGAGUCCUCUUGUGGAUUUUCUUAAUACCAUAAAACAGUCUGCAAAGAAAGAGAGAAAAUAAUAUAUAAAAAAUCGACAUGCCAUUUAGCAGACACUUUUAUUCAAAUCGACUUACAGUCAUGCGUGCAUACCUUUUUUUACGCAUGGGUGGUACCAGGAAUCGAUCCCAUUAUUUUGGCAACACAUGCGCCAUGCUCUACCAACUGAGCUAGUGAGGACCACCAAAAUCCACAAGAGGUCUUUUCGUCCUUCUCCCCUCUCUGACUCCUUUUCCUCCUCCCUGCUUCCCGUGUGUGUGUGUGUAUGUGUGUGUGUGAGCACCUUUCUGCAUGCUACCCUGUUUAUAUUAGUUAUUAUAUAUGAAUGUACUUGCCACUGGGGGUGUUCGAGCCCCGAUGCAUCUCUAUGUCAAACACAGAACAUUCCUAACUGGCUGUGAGACAGUGCCCACGACUAUGUUGUGAACGUGAAAGUUGCAAUGCUUCUUUACAAUGAUGCAUUGGUUAAUUGAUCUUAAAUUAAAAAGAUCUUCCUUCUCCUGACUGUUGACCCCUGAUCUCAUGACAAACCGCUAAUAUCGAUCUUAUUCAAUUUAAUGUCUACUCUAGUAAUUCACCUGGCCAUAAAGUAGUAGUAUUAGUGAUAGUCCCGACAUGGCAUUAUAGCACAGCAUGUGAAAUAGCCAUGCGUUGGUGUCAUCAGAGCCAAAGAGCCAGUGAAAUAUUGGUCACCAGGACUUGUGGUUAGAAGACAGUACAGAAGGGAAGACACUAAUGCUGUCAUCUAAUAGGCGUCAAUGACAUGGCUAUCUGUCUAUUCAGCCCUCAAGACCUCAAUUUCUCCUACUGUGUAUUUGGGCCUGUGCCAGGAAGUGAGAAGUCGAACGAUAAAGACAAGGAGCUCAUUGAUUCCAGUGUGAUCCCGUAACCUUGAAUAGUCGUGGUAAAGGAUGCAUUGUAACUUGUGUCAGACGUCAGCAUAUUUUCUCUCACUGUGAUUUCAGUUGGCUUUCCUCCCACCCACCCACCUCUUUGAUUGUGCUGUGUGUCUGUUGUAUUGGAAGCACACCAAUGUCUGUAUUGAUGUGUUUACAAACAAUACAUGGAAAAAGGUCAUAGUGUGCCAGGAAAAUUAUGUGUUAUUGGGGAGAAGACUAUUGGUUGGGCAGAAGACUAUUUAGUGUUUUAUGGCAGUAUUACAGACUUUGCACUAUUCAUUUACUCUCAUUUAAUUUAAUUAACUCCUUGUGGAAAGAUAGACACACUAAUAACAGACAACAUUAACACUGAUUCAUGUAAAUUGUUGAAACUUUUUGUGACUAGGGCAGAGUCUGUGAUGUGCUCUUGUGAGGUGUGUGUGUGCUGUGUGUGUACUGUAUAGUGUGUGUGUGUCUGUCUGUCUGUGUCUGUGUGUUUCUGUGCCAUCACAGUAGUGCAGUGUGCUUCAGUGAGUGUGCGUGUUUGGGUGUGUUGACUGUGUUGGCUGUGCUUUGUGUCUGAGCUGUGCCCCCCUACCCACACGGUGUGCCCUGCGCUGUCCUGUACCCACAGCUGGCUCAGUACCCCAUGUUGAGAGAGGAGAUGGAGAAGAUAGUCACCCAGCAUAUCCGAGACCGCGAGAGCCGCACCAAGGACCAGGUGACUCUCUCACACACACACACACACACACACACACACACACACACACACACACACACACACACACACACACACACACACACACACACACACACACACACACACACACACACACACACACACACACACACACACACACACAAUAUUCCCAAUCCAAAGUGUUAUUAUUAAUAACUCCAUAUACUGUCUAUGUGUCCCUCCAUCCAGGUGAUGCUGCUGAUUGACAUUGAGCUGGCCUACAUGAACACCAACCAUGAGGACUUCAUUGGCUUUGCCAAGUGAGUGUCGACCUCUUGACCUCUGUCCUGAAACAGUGGAUUAGAACAAACAACCCAGUAUAGACACAGUACAGUCUGUGAACCCUGACCUACAGGCUCUUACUAAUGAACCCUUUGUUUAGACGUGUGUACCAAUGUAGCCCAUGACUGUGAUGUCUAUCCCCUGUAGUGCUCAGCAGAGGAGCAGCCAGGUGGCCCAGAAGAAGCAAACUGGCAAUAAGGUACUAUAGGCACAUGACAGCACCUACAGAUAGUCUUCCAUUACAUUCACUAAGACUUUUGCCUCAUGGGCUGUUCAGAAAGGAAUGGAAUAAUGUUCCUAGAUGCAAGGUCGACAAGUACAGUUCUGAGUGUUUGUACUAUAUCUCCACUUAUCUUUGUCUGUGUUCUUUAGCCAGGUUGUUCUUUAGCCAGGUUGUUCUUUAGCCAGGUUGUUCUUUAGCCAGGUUGUUCUUUAGCCAGGUUGUUCUUUAGCUAGGUUGUUCUUUAGCCUGGUUGUUCUUUAGCCUGGUUGUUCUUUAGCCUGGUUGUUCUUUAGGCAGGUUGUUCUUUAGCCAGGUUGUUCUUUAGCCAGGUUGUUCUUUAGCCUGGUUGUUCUUUAGGCAGGUUGUUCUUUAGCCAGGUUGUUCUUUAGCCAGGUUGUUCUUUAGCCAGGUUGUUCUUUAGGCAGGUUGUUCUUUAGCCUGGUUGUUCUUUAGCCAGGUUGUUCUUUAGCCUGGUUGUUCUUUAGCCAGGUUGUUCUUUAGCCUGGUUGUUCUUUAGGCAGGUUGUUCUUUAGCCUGGUUGUUCUUUAGCCAGGUUGUUCUUUAGGCAGGUUGUCCUUUAGCCUGGUUGUUCUUUAGCCAGGUUGUUCUUUAGGCAGGUUGUUCUUUAGGCAGGUUGUUCUUUAGCCUGGUUGUUCUUUAGCCUGGUUGUUCUUUAGCCUGGUUGUUCUUUAGCCAGGUUGUUCUUUAGCCAGGUUGUUCUUUAGCCAGGUUGUUCUUUAGCCAGGUUGUUCUUUAGCCUGGUUGUUCUUUAGGCAGGUUGUUCUUUAGCCUGGUUGUUCUUUAGCGAGGUUGUUCUUUAGGCAGGUUGUUCUUUAGCCUGGUUGUUCUUUAGGCAGGUUGUUCUUUAGCCAGGUUGUUCUUUAGCCAGGUUGUUCUUUAGCCAGGUUGUUCUUUAGGCAGGUUGUUCUUUAGCCUGGUUGUUCUUCUGGUUAAGGCAGGUUGUUCUUUAGCCUGGUUGUUCUUUAGCGAGGUUGUUCUUUAGGCAGGUUGUUCUUUAGCCUGGUUGUUCUUUAGGCAGGUUGUUCUUUAGCCUGGUUGUUCUUUAGCGAGGUUGUUCUUUAGGCAGGUUGUUCUUUAGCCUGGUUGUUCUUUAGCCAGGUUGUUCUUUAGCCUGGUUGUUCUUUAGCAUGGUUGUUCUUUAGCCAGGUUGUUCUUUAGCCAGGUUGUUCUUUAGCCAGGUUGUUCUUUAGCCUGGUUGUUCUUUAGCCAGGUUGUUCUUUAGCCAGGUUGUUCUUUAGCCAGGUUGUUCUUUAGGCAGGUUGUUCUUUAGCCUGGUUGUUCUUUAGGCAGGUUGUUCUUUAGCCUGGUUGUUCUUUAGCGAGGUUGUUCUUUAGGCAGGUUGUUCUUUAGCCUGGUUGUUCUUUAGGCAGGUUGUUCUUUAGCCUGGUUGUUCUUUAGCGAGGUUGUUCUUUAGGCAGGUUGUUCUUUAGCCUGGUUGUUCUUUAGCCAGGUUGUUCUUUAGCCUGGUUGUUCUUUAGUAGUGCUGUGUUUUAACUGUGUAGUGUUCCCACUCUAUUUCUGUUUUGCUCUGUUUCUUCUGAGUGAUGUAUCUUUCUCUUGUGUGUCUUUUCUCUUCACCUCUCGUUUGCUACAACUAUUCUACUUAGCAGGAUGAGAUUAUGGUGAGUAGUGUGUGUGUGUGUGUAUGUGUGUUUGUGAGUGUGUUAGUAUGUGUGCGUAACAGUGUGUGUGUGUUAGAAUGUGUUUGUUUCCGUAUGUGUGUGUGUUUCUGUGUGUGUGUUUGUUAGAAUGUGUGUGUGGAGAGAGCCUCUCAUAACUGUAAAUGGGUAGGUGGCUAGGGAGCUCUCUGGGCAUUUGCUUCUUUCCUCAGCUGCCUCCCUCCUCCAGGCAGUGCUCCCAUGCAACACAAUAGAAAAAUACCCAGCUAGCACUGCUCAUCUCCCAUUAGAAACUAGCAUGAGUAAAGAAAUAGCAUGAACCAUUAUUUUACAAUACACCCCCAGACAUAGACAGAACACAGAGGGGUUAAGACCAGAUAGGCCUCCAGGUUACAUAAUGCACAAUAUAUUUGUAUGUGUAUUCUCUCUCUCCCAUAGAAACAGCACCACUUGGAGACGUUACAUUUCACAGCCGUUGCCUCAUAAUCAAGCCUCAUUUUCCUUGGCUGAGUGAUUGCUCGUCGCCCCCCCAGCCUUAGCUUGAACCAGAUAAAGAAGGCAGCCAUGUGUUCUCCAAUGACAACAGCUCCCAGAGAGAUGGAAGCUUUAGAGGGGGGAGCUGCCUGCUGUUUUCUCUACUUAAAACAAGUUAUGCAAAUCCAUUUUCUAGUUUCUAGUUAUUAUAGCACUCUUUAUCUACUCUACUCUACUCCACACUACUCUCUCUCGCUCUCUCUCUCUCUCUCUCUCUCUCUCUCUCUCUCUCUCUCUCUCUCUCCUCUCUCUCUCUCUCUCUCUCUAUCUGUGUGUUGAUAGAUCCUAACUAUCUAGUGAAGGAGGGAGAACAUCUCUCAGUGCAGAACAGAUAGAUACAUCACCUCUAGAGGCACACCCUGUCAGUUGCCAUAGUGACCGCCCAGGCGGGGGGUCAAAGGGCAUAGGGACAGUGUAAACACAUUGGCCCUCACUGUUUCCUGUUUAGCUGGCUACGUUUAGUUCUGCCCUCCCCCAGCCGCUUUGACUAACAGCCUCCCCUGGUAUCUUUCUUUGACCUCCCUUUCUACCCAUCUAGGGCAUUCAAACCAAACAUUAUGAUGCAAUAUAAUGACUAACAAUGCCUUGGUGGGGCAACUAAGGGGCAACUAAGCAGUUGGUUGUGCUGUCCAACAGAAAAGUUUGAGAAAACAGAUCAAGACAUGACACAUGACUAGGCAUCCGUCAGUUAAUAACCAACUGAUCAUUAUUUCCACCCCACCACACCCCACAACGACGCAUUCGUGGGCAACUACGACACAAAGAUGCAUCAGCAUAUGCUCUGCAUGCGUUUUGGUUUGAAAGCGGCCCUACAACCCCAUAUAGCUCUUUGUCCGCCUUUGUCCCUGCCUGCCUUCCCUCGCUGUACCCCACUCUAUCCAGCCAGUGUGCCAAUGUACCAAUAUGCCAGUGUGCUGCCUGCCCCUGUGCAUUACGAAUGGCCAAUGCUCUGUGCUCCGUACAUGGCAUAGUUGUGUAAUGUUCUCUCCACAUCCCCAUUCAGCCGGAGAGAGGAGCGGUUAAUGA